AUGGCGAAUAAAAUCAUCAUUCAACAAGACGGUGACUUGACAUUAGUCUUGCCUCCCGUAUCAGAAACUUCCAAAAUUCCUUAUCUCUGUGCCGUAGAAAAGGGAAAGAUGAAUCACAUUGUAGUUUCCUCCAAAAUAAUGAUGGAAGCUUCGCCUGUAUUCAAAGCCAUGUUAGAUGGCAGAUUUCAGGAAGGAGAAAUCUUGCAAAGGACUGGUAGAGUGGAGGUUUUACUCGACGACGAGAAUCCCACGGCUAUGAAUAUGUUGAUCAAUCUUAUCUAUGGUCAUUGCUUGGGAGAAUACAAUGCUAUUCCUUUGGAUAUAGAUCUUCAGACUUUCACCGAGCUGGCAAUCGUAUUUGAUAAAUACCAGAUUUAUUUAAACGACACGUUUAAAGCUAUCGCUCAGGAAUGGAGAAAUAAAAUGCUGUCUCCAGAUACAGUAUUUGACGGAGAUAACUUCGUUGCGGAAAAUGCCUCUGUUAUUCUUCCAUGGAUUUCUAUUGCGUGGGUGUUUAAAAUAGAUGAUAUCUUCAGCAAAUACAGCAAACUUCUUAUAAAAUAUUGCACUCCGGAGAGUAUUCAAAAAAUGGUAGAAGCGUUCGAAGAAAUGAACGUGUUCUUACCUAUCCCAGAUUCUCUUUACAGUAAGUUUAUAUUACAAUAUUAAUCCUGCAAAAAUCUCAAUCGACUAACUAACUAAUUAACUAACUAACGGAGCAAAGUUAAAAUCGACGAAGUACGCCAAAUAGAAAUCGGAAUCUGCUUCGAUAACGUCAUCAAAUUGAUAAUCCAACAUGAUGAAUAUGCACCUACACGGUGCCACUGCGUUGCAGAGGAAAAAGAAAAUUGUAUUACAAUAGGACGAAGAGCACUUUUUCGAAGCGCACAACGAAUUGGUCUAUGGCCACUACCCAAGGUCCCAUACGAGGGAUACGAUGUGUAUACGAUUAAAAAGACAUGCGAAAAGUUGCAGAUACUUACGUGUCGACAUCCAGUUGAUCGGAUCGUCAGUCUAAUGAUUUGCGUUGAGCCCGUUGGAAUACGAUUACUCAAUAUGGAGGCGCCGUUUAUGGAGGAUGCGGAAUUGUCAAAAGAUCUUAUACCUAAUCCAGGUGAUGUGUUGGAGGGUUUGUUCUCUCCCAGUUAUAUCACCUCGGUUGGGAAUAGAUCGCGGGAGUGGGUCGAUUGUUUAGCAUAUAAAGUUGUGAGGAGACAGGUCUUUUUGUACGGGCUUUGA